AUGGGUCCCAAACGCAACACUGCAUUCCAGGGUAGGAAUCUCCAACAAACGGUCAAACGCUUUGGGGACACUUUGGGGACGCUUUGGGGAAGCUUUGGGGACGCUUUGGGGACGCUUUGGGGGAGCUUUGGGGACGCUUUGGGGACGCUUUGGGGGCGCUUUGGGGACACUGUGGGGACGCUUUGGGGGAGCUUUGGGGGCGCUUUGGGGACGCUUUGGGGACGCUUUGGGGGAGCUUUGGGGGCGCUUUGGGGACGCUUUGGGGACGCUUUGGGGGAGCUUUGGGGACGCUUUGGGGACGCUUUGGGGCGCUUUGGGGACACUGUGGGGACGCUUUGGGGGAGCUUUGGGGACGCUUUGGGGACACUUUGGGGACGCUUUGGGGCGCUUUGGGAACGCUUUGGUGAAGUUUUGGGGGCGCUUUGGGGACACUUUGGGGAAGCUUUGGGGGCGCUUUGGGGACGCUUUGGGGACGCUUUAGGGACACUUUGGGGAUGCUUUGGGAGCGCUUCGGGGGACGCUUUGGGGGCGCUUUGGGGACGCUUUGGGGACAAUUUGGGAGCGCUUUGGGGGCUUUGGGGGCGCUUUGGGGACGCUUUGGGGACGCUUUGGGGACGCUUUGGGGACGCUUUGGGGACGCUUUGGGGACGCUUUGGGGGGGACGCUUUGGGGACGCUUUGGGGACGCUUUGGGGACGCUUUGGGGACGCUUUGGGGACGCUUUGGGGACGCUUUGGGGGAGCUUUGGGGACGCUUUGGGGACGCUUUGGGGACGCUUUGGGGACGCUUUGGGGGAGCUUUGGGGACGCUUUGGGGCGCUUUGGGGACGCUUUGGGGACGCUUUGGGGGAGCUUUGGGGACGCUUUGGGGACACUUUGGAGACGCUUUGGAGUGCUUUGGGGACGCUUUGCGCUUCGGGGGACGCUUCGGGGGACGCUUUGGGGGCGCUUUGGGGAUGCUUUGGGGACGCUUUGGGAGCGCUUUGGGGGACGCUUUGGGGGAGCUUUGGGGAUGCUUUGGGGACGCUUUGGGGGAGCUUUGGGGACGCUUUGGGGACGCUUUGGGGGACGCUUUGGGGGACGCUUUGGGGGCGCUUUGGGAACGCUUUGGGGGACGCUUUGGGGACGCUUUGGGGGCGCUUUGGGGACGCUUUGGGGACGCUUUGCUGCCUCAGAACUUGGACGACGUGGGUGACUUUCCUUCAUCGAACAUUAGGUUUUGUUUGAAGAUCUGA